UAAGCCACGCAGGGUUGCCGCGAGAGCGUCGGGCUGCGGGGGCGCCUCCGCCCUCCGGAGGACGGGCCUGGGACGCUCCCGGGGCGGCAGGUGGCCGGCUUCGCGCUCUCCGGGAAGCUUGGGUCGGCUGAGCCCCUCCGUCUCCCCGGACUCCUCCCCGGGCUCCGGUUCAAAGGCUAACUGUGCGCUGCUGCCCCAAAGCACGGCAGCGCAGGCCGGGCAGGGCUGCCCCUCGCUCCGCUCCGCGUGGUGCAACAGCCCAAAGAACUCGUCCGCCGAGGCCCUGCCGUAUCAACUCCAGUCUCCCCAGGGCCGGAAGCCGCUGCCUUAGGAAGAUGCGGGCGCUGCCCUGGUCAGACGGCAAGUCUGCGACCGGGUAUCCCGCACCCACCCGGACCCAGGACUCCUUCGACGUCGCAGGGGCCCAGACGACCAGCGAGAGGGGCGGUAAAAAAGAGUGUCAAGUGGACAUGCAAAGCCUGUGGAGAGAAGCAGUCCUUUUUGCGGGCUUAUGGUGAAGGCUCUGGUGCUGACUGUAGACGCCAUGUCCAAAAAUUAAACCUACUACAGGGACAGGGUUCAGAGCUGCCACUCAGGUCUCUAGAAGAAACUGUCAGUGCUGGUGAAGAAGAAAACAUGGGCCACCAGCAGGCUGGGAAUGUGAAGCAGCAGGAAAAAUCGCAGCCCUUGGAGAGUCGCUGGCUGAAGUAUCUCGAAAGGGACUCCCAAGAACUGGAGCUGGAAGGAAGAGGAGUGUGUUUCAGCAAACAGCCUUCAUCCAAAACGGAGGAGCCAGGCCCCCGCCUCAGCCAAGACCUGCCUAGAAAAAGGAAGUGGAGCCAGAGCACCGUCCAGCCUCCGUGCAGCCUUGGCAUCCAGGACUCGGGUGGCUCUGAGGUCGCCUGGGAACCCCAGAAGGGACAGGCUGGCUUGACAUGGAAGGUGAAGCAAGGCAGCAGCCCCUGCCUCCGGGAGAACGCUGCCGACUGCGGCGCCAGGGAGCCGAGGGGUCCUGGGAAGGAGCUAUGGAGUCCUGCCCAGCAGGUCACCGCCACCUCCUCUAAAUGGGCGCGAUUUGUCCUGUCACCUAGAAACAGUUCACAUGUGGACAGAGAGCAGCCAACGCCUCUUCAGAGGGAUCCUGGGCCAGCUGCUCCAGCACAGGCUAAGCAGGGGACCCCCGGGACCCCCAGAGCACAGGCCUCAAGGGAAGGCCUCAGCAGGCCCACUGACGCUGUCCAGCUUCCUCGGGCCACACACCCCACCACAUCCGGGCCUGAGAGGCCCUGCGGGAAGACCUCAUGGGACGCAAGGACUCCCUGGGCAGAGGGUGGGCCCCUGGUCCAGGAGCCACAGAAUCCCCAACUCCCACGACUGUGUGACCUCUUUACAACUGGUGAAGACUUUGAUGAUGAUCUGUGACUGGCAGGUUAUUAUUAAUCGAGAUACACUUGUUAGGAGGGACAGGGUUCCCUAAGGCACUUUUAAAGAUACUGUAUAAGAACCACCAAUAAACUUACUGUCAAACAGA